AUGCUGUUCAUUACAACCCUGUACUGCUUGAUGCAAGGGAUAUUGAAAGGUUCUAAGAGAGGCCGCCCGUUGGCCAUCACCGAUUUGCUGCGCGCCCGCGCUCGGGGACUCAAAAGAGCCGACAAGCUGGGGUUCCUAUCCUUCUUCGGCCGUCCAUCUGAAGUGAAAAAUGAAUCCAAGUGUGCAUCCAAAGUGGACGACAUGCUGUAUGACAGUUGGGGUGUCAAACCCCUGUGGGAGUCGAAACCGUUUUCCUUAAUGAAGCUUCCAUUCAGUCCCCAAAAUAUGUCUCCCUUCCUCAGUGAAGAAUCGGUGAAAUACCACUACAGCAAGCACCACGCCGCAUAUGUGAAGAACUUAAAUAGUUUAGCCGAACAGCAUGGUGAACUGAGGAACCUCACUUUGGAAGAGGUGAUAGGAAGAUACUCCGGGGCGAUUUAUAACAAUGCAGCCCAAAUUUUUAACCACAACUUCUUUUGGUUGGGACUGAAGGAGCAUGGAGGUGGGAUGCCUUACGGAGAAAUAAAGAACAAAAUCGAAGAGUCCUUUACGACCUUUGAAAAUUUUAAAGACGCCUUUUUGAAGGAAGCAUCAGGUCAUUUUGGGAGUGGCUGGAUAUGGCUAAUAAUGAAGGACAAAAAGCUGAUCAUCUACCAAGGACACGACGCCGAUAAUCCGAUAAAAAAUAACAUUGGACACCCCAUCUUAACGCUAGACGUUUGGGAGCAUGCUUACUACGUGGAUUACAAAAAUGCCAGAGGGGACUACGUGAAAGAAUGGCUGAACAAAGUGAACUGGGAUUUUGCCAACUACAACUUAUCCGCAUUAAAUUAGCCAAAAGGGAAAAGUAUAAAAAUAGGAAAAAGGGAAUAUGUUAAAAUAGCUGUUCAUUUUUGUGUCUACAAUUGGCGCAGCAAGUAAGGAUCCCUAUUUCGUAGCGACUCUUUUCAUCACUUCCGUUUUUUUUUGGAAUAGUCCUAAGUUGUGUUUUUACACGUUCGACACGCAUGUAUUUUUAUGUUCAUGUAAGUUUUAAAACUUUGCGAAUUU